UCUGCUUAGUCUUGGGCCCUCCGAGUUACCACACAACAGUAUUAUGUGUAAACAGCCUCCAAUAACCCCCUAAUAUUAAGGACACACACCUUACAGAGACCAGCAAGUAUGUAACAGGUUCGCAGCCGCAAGGGAAGACUGAAUAAAAUCCUGCCCCAAAGAGAAAUCCUAAGGCUAGUCAGCGUAAACAACUACUAAGUUGAGCACUGUAGUAGCGUACGACUCCAGCCAAUCCCCGCGUGACCACCAUUUGACGAAGGCGCCGAAUACGCGCCGAAGGUCACGUGACGGAGACGUUCGUGACGUCACCCACGGCGUCUUAUCUACUGGGAAGUAGCAGCUACCAGCGGGACUGCUGUUGAGAAUUAGCGAAGAAUGCGCGUUUUGGAAUAGUGUUUGGAUCCGGGUUUGCGAGUGCAUAGUGUCCGGUGUCGCAAAUUGCAUCAGUCUAGAAGUAUAGCCCACGUUAUUAGAAGUGUAUCGUGUAUGGUAUAGUUACUGGGAAGGGAACUGAGCGUUCCGUAUUUGCAGGUGCAAUGGUUGUGUAAUGACAAGUGUAGUGUUGUGCGCUAAACCGAGCAAAGCUCAUCAGGUCCAUAAGAAGUGGAAUAGCGGAGUCUCACUGGGAAAAGAACCGGAGGAGAUAUUCUUACAGGAGAUGGAGGAGCAGAAAGAAAAUCGGCCGCUCGAUACAGAGGAUUCGGUGGUUGAGGAGGAUUUGUGCAAAAAGCUUUCAAGAAACUUGGAUCUCGUUGGUGUCAAGCAGAGGUGUCGAUUUGAUGGUCAGGAGGACAAUGGAACUUCUACAGUAUCCUCAAAUACUAGUGAUUUCAGUGAUCCAGUUUAUAAAGAAAUUGCCAUUGCUAAUGGUUGUGUCAAUAGAAUGACAAAGGAUGAGCUGAAGGCGAAGCUUGUAGAGCACAAACUUGACACUAGAGGUGUUAAAGAUGUGCUGAGAAAGAGACUGAAGAACUACUACAAGAAGCAGAAAUUGACACAUGCAUUGCAUAAGGACUCAAACACAGACUGCUAUUAUGACUACAUCUGUGUCAUUGACUUUGAAGCAACCUGUGAAGCGGGUAACUCUCUAGACUACCCCCAUGAAAUAAUAGAGUUCCCUAUCGUCUUACUCAAUACACAUACACUGGAAAUAGAGGAUGUUUUUCAGUGCUAUGUGAGACCAGAAAUCAAUCCUCAACUUUCUGAAUUUUGUGUCAACCUUACAGGUAUAACUCAGGAUACUGUUGACAAAUCAGACACAUUUCCAAAUGUUCUUCGUAGUGUUGUGGAAUGGAUGCGUGAAAAGGAGCUUGGUUCAAAGUACAAAUAUGCAAUACUGACUGAUGGGUCCUGGGAUAUGAGCAAAUUUUUAAACAUGCAGUGCCGCAUUAGUCGCCUUAAAUACCCUCGAUUUGCAAAGAAGUGGAUCAACAUUCGCAAGUCUUAUGGGAAUUUCUACAAGGUACCACGGACUCAGACAAAGCUAACCACCAUGCUGGAAAAAUUGGGCAUGACCUAUAAUGGACGUCUGCACAGUGGCCUUGAUGAUUCUAAGAACAUUGCUCGCAUAGCUGCUCACAUGCUUCAAGAUGGUUGCGAGCUUCGUGUGAAUGAGAGGAUGCAUGCAGGGCAGUUAAUGACUGUGUCCAGCUCUUUGCCAUUCGAAGGGGCUCCAGUUCCCCAAAAUCCACAUUUGAAAAAUUAGUAUUUUAAAUCACUGUAAAUACAUUGUUUUGAAGAGUUUUAGGAGCACCUUAAAAUAUCUUUUUAGAUCUGUUAUUGUAUCUGGAGCAAAAUAAUAAAACUUUAUCUUCAGCAGAAUGGUUUAAAAUGUUUGCUGUAGCACUUUAACAUUUGACAAAGCAAAGUUAUUGCUUUUUUUAAAAAAAGUGAACUUUUUUUUAUUGGUUUAAUCAAUAAAUAAACUGAAAAUACCAA